AUGGUGCAGACUCGUUCUGGGCUCGCCACGGUGUUCAUUGCGCCGCGCACCAGGGCGAAGAAGCGUGUAGGACCAUUUCGCUUCCUCGACUUGCCAGCCGAGCUGCGAGUCUCCGUGUACGAACAAGCGGUUCCGCAAACACGUGUGGGGGUAGAAGUCUUUCGUCUGCACCAUCUCGCCCACACUUGCCGACAAAUACGAAGGGAGUCGAUCGAUACUGUCUGCGCGAAAUCGAAGCUGGUCGUUUGGGCCUCCUUAAACCGAUCCAGCUCAUCAUUCGAAAGCUUGAAGUGCUUACAGCCGAUCACCUACCGGAAAUUUGAGGAGACAUUUGGAGACGACUUUCGCUUCUGUCAAGUCGAGUGGCGAGUGUACAGCACCCUGAAUAACAAGUCCGAGGGUCUCUAUUACCCUCUAGCACCGAUGCGUGCGCAAAGGUACGCAACAUGGGAUGUGCUUUUCGAGUUUGACAUGGAAGUGGAGGAAAAUGGCAAUCUGUACUUUUCAGCACUGGAGCCGAACUCCUUUGUUUUAGACAGCACGGCAUGCACUCUAGCGGUCCCAAGUCGCAUACCGUGGAGUGCUAGGCGCAUCGCAAGCAGAGAAGGCUUCAAAGGCUUCACUCCCAAAGACUUGAACAUCUUGCGCCAGGCGAAUUGGUAUUAG